UGACUCUGAAGGACUUUUAAAAUGAGAGAAAAUGUACUUUGCGAACAUCAAUAAUAAUCUGAAAUAAGAUAGAAAUGGACGAUAUUAAAUCAGCCCUGGAAGUAGAACUGGAAAGGCUGAGAAAACUAGUGAGGAAAUACCGAACAGAAAGCAUUGUUUUCGCAAAACCCAGAAAAAGCAAAAGUUUAGAAUAUAGCGCAGAGCUUAGAUCUAAUGAAAAUAGUGACGCGUAUGAGAGCCACAAUGCAGUUAGCUCGUUAAACUGCGAACAAUUAUCUUCGCCAAAUGUUCCGAAAUCGCGUUGUGUACAGUUUGCUCCAGUGAACAACUGCUGUGAGAAUGUUAAUCGUAUUUCAGAUUCAGAUGAAGUUAUACGCAAACCUAACAGACCUUCACAGCACCGCACACGUUUUCUUGACCCUCCAACAAAUAUUGAUAUGCCAUCUAGAUAUCACCCAGUACCGAAAUACCCCCCUGAAGAAGAAUCCAAGAGAAAUUUUACCUAUACUGCCAUGGAUUUGAUAGAAAGGAGGAGAUUUCAGGAAUCAUUUUUACAUUUACAUGAAUUUUACCGGAAAAACUAUCCACUUGAUAGUGAAUUGGUAAUUGAGUUAAGAACUCUACGUGGAGUCUAUGAGCAUACAGGAGGUCAUAACCUAGCUCUUAUGGCUGCUCUUGAAAAUACACUUGAAGAGGCCUUGAAAGUGGAAAAAGAUAGGAGAUUAACGAUACUGGACGGCGUCAACAAGCCCAAUAAGCCUGAUUAUUUUUCACCUCAAUAUGAGAGAGAUUAUCGUUGGCAAGCAGCAAUACGAGCUUAUGAAAUUGAACAAGCCAAUAGAGAAUUUCGAUUAAUACAAUCAGAAUUAGAACGACUUAAAGCUUUACAAGCAGAAAGACGAAAUCAACAAGAAUAAUAUCAAGUUUUUUUAAAAACAAAAAGCAAAAUUAAAUGAUAACCUUUCGUCAAAACUUUUCUCAUUGAUUUUGUACCACUAAUCAGUAGAAUUUACUGAUAAUUUAAUGUAUAGAUUGAAAAGAAGACUUUUAUUAUAUCACCAUAUUAAAGCGCCAGCUUAUACAAUAAACUAGUAAACAUACAUCAAAUAUAAUAAUGAUAAAGUCUGUAUGAAAUUCUUUUGUUCACUGAAUAAUAUUUACACAUUAAACAGGGUAUUGAAAAUUGAUCAUUUUAGUUAUUACAAUUAUUGUUUUGUUU